CUUGAUUUGGGUGGGGAGGGGGUGAGUUGAUGUGACGUGACACUGGAAAACGUGACAUCGAGGAGGCAAAAUGGCGGCGGGCGAGUACCUCGUUUGCUUCUCAGAAAAAUGUGAGAAAGAAGAAGUCAAACAAUACUUUGUUGAUUGUUUGAGUCGGGCUAAGUUUAGUGUAACCCGCGAAGAAUUCGAGGGGAAAACAUUAUUGACUGUUGAUGCACCAUUUGAGAUACUUGCAAAUAAGGUGAGCUUCAAACCGCGCUGGAGACGAACUGAAUGCAUAUGUUACGUUAAUUUGGAACUUUAAAAUCGUAUUCUCCAGUUUCUCCUCUCGCAAGAAUGAAUAUGGUUUGAAUUUAAGCUUAAAGAUAUUUUGCUGUACUAACGAAUUGUUUUGUUUCAGGCGGAAGAUGUUGGUUUGAAGAAGACCACAAAGAAUGAAAACAAGGCGAGUUGUUUAUGAAUUUGAAUUAUUUAUUUAUAUGCACGUUUAUCCUUCGUCUAUUAAAAACUGGAUUUUAAUAAUUAUAUCCUUUUAAUCACUAACUUCAUUUCGGUAGCAAUCAUAAGCUUUGGUACUCGUAUAUAAACAUUUCAAAAUGAAUAUCCCCAUCACUGCGAAACAAAACUACCUUCUUCUUUUUAUGUUUAUCUUAGUUCAAUUUUUAACAGGGGUUAAGGUUCUAGGCUUAAUUGCAGAAUACUCUGCCACGGUUCUACAGUUUAACCACUGAACUUUCAAGGGCACUAUGUAUAUGUUGUUGUUAAUUUUUUAUUUCAGUUAAUUUUUAUUUUUUCAUUGUUUUUGGGUAUUGUAACGUAUGCUAAUUAAUUUAAAACAAAGGGAAAACAAAUAAAAUAAAUAAAUCAUAGGAUAAAAAAUUAACUGCAACAUAUAUAUGGAAGGAUCCCAAUACCAAAAUAAACUUAUACCCUAUUUGAGGAUGGUGUGCCUCAAAAACAAUUCUCCGGCCCCAGUUGUUGAAAAGGUGGAUAACGCUGUCAAAUGGCAGGCAGUAUCUCUUCUCUGAGGUUCCACCAGCUUUAUUUUCCAUCUGUCUACCAGUUUUCUGGCUGUUAGCCAGCACAAACUUGAGGAAGCAUUCAAACCUUGAGCAUUCUGAGGUGACACUUUUUAUUCUUGUCUUUUUUCUUUAAGGUUAAAGAAUUUGUUACAGAAGAACUUGACAAGUUUGCUGGAAGUGACAAUCAAGAAACUUUAUUUACCCCAGCAGAAAGGGUAUACUUGCUUGAGAUCUGUCUGGAAUCUGUCCAGUAUGACAAAGUAAGUUGUGUUGGCAGAUUUUGCUUGUAACCAUCAGACCUAGUGCCUGAUGCCAUUAUCAUACCUAUUGUAGAAUGUAUGUUUUAUGCUACAAUUCAGUUCUCCUUAGUUGGUAAAAUGUUAAGAUAACAUUUUUGAGUGAUAUGCAAUGGUCCCAUAGGGUAAUUGGUUUGUUCAACAAUUAAUAAUAAUAAUAAUAAUAAUAAUAAUAAUAAUAUUUAUCGCUUUUAUUGCGUAUUUUAAGAUUAAAAGAUAUAUUAUCAAAUGCGCACCCAAUUCACAAUCAAAAACCUAACACUGUACGUAUUUUCAUUUCUCUUACAUAAUAUUUCUAGGGGUGGAUCAUAGAUCAUUUUUCAUUGUUUUGUGAAAAUGUCAUGGAGAAUCUGAAUGGUCUGCCUUUUAACAAUAAAAAGAAAACGUGGUACUUUCCUGGUGCAAAUAUUCUGAUCUUGCUGAAGCCUUUAGCCCUUGUAUUCUAACUUGUAAACUAUCAUGUUUUCACUUAGACCACAUCUGUCUUCUGAAUUUAAUUUGAGUAGAACAAAGUGGCUGUGGGUCAUUUUGGAGUAAAUUAUGUUUGCUGUAAUAGUUAAUGCAAACAUUUACCCCAACAUGUCCCACGGUUUGUUGUACCCAGAGUUCAGAAAACAGAUGGAGAUCUCAGUAAAAACUUCAUAGUUUUUUUAAUUUCAGCUCUCUUAUUUCCUCCUUCCUAUCACUUGUGACCAGGUUGGUGGUGUUCAUACAACAAUUUUAUUAUUUCAGGAACAUCUGGCUUCUUAUGGUAUCAAGUUUAGGGGGAAGGACUCAUUCAUUACAGACUGUCUGCAUUCUAAACCUCCAAUCUUAGAGUCAGCAUUUCCUCUUCAUCACCCUCAUGAACAGGAAAAAAUUUGGAAAAAAAUGAAGCAAAAUGUGAUUGUAUGUCCUUUGCAGGAGAUAAGAGAUUACUAUGGUAACUUCACAAUAUUAUUACUGUGAUCCUUAGUAUUAUUCAUGUCAUUAUACUGCAGGGUGCAAAGAAAAUCAUUUUUACAGCUUGCCAUUCGGGCAAGCUGAAGUUAGAAUUUACUAGCCCAGACAUCAUUUCAACUAGCCCCAAAGGCCUUUUGAUGAGCAGAAUUGAUUUCACAGUUCUUUCUUUAUUCAAAUUGCUCAAAAAACAUCGCUUGCCCGUUGGGCAAGUUAAAAACAGAAUUCACUAGCCCGAUAGCAAAAUCUACUAGCCCUGGGCUAUCGAACACUGUACUUUCUUUGCACGCUCUACUGUCGAUUCAAGUGGUUACAUAAUUAUGAUGGUACAAGUGAGUGUUCAAUUAGUCCUGAAUUAGGACUGUUGGUUAUUAUGGUAACUGAAUUUUGGCAACUUGCACAGAUGCCAUCAUCAGAGACACAAAGAGCUGUUUAUCAUCAUUUGAUGAUUAAACUUGCUAUAUUGACCUGAUUAGUACAAAUAAUUUAGUCAAGUCUACAUUAUUUUUAAAAUGCAUUGGUAGUCUGUCAGUUAAGCAGUAAUGUUAAUGCCUGUCAAGAAGAAAAAUAGGACAAGAAAAUAUAGAAGUGGGGAGAAAGGAAAAGUGAAAUGUUAAAGUUGAAAGUGACAGUGUCUCUUUUGUUUUUUCCCAGAACUUUAACUCAACAUAUUGUCCUCUGCAACCAUGCCUAAACUUCAGAAACUGUAAAUUGUAAUAUCAAGAACAAAAACCUUCAAUUCUGGACAAAAGUCCUUGGGACAGUUAUGCAAUAUUCAUAACUGCCUAUAAUUUUAGAUUUCCUUCUUAACGCCUUGCUAUUUUCCUCGCAAAUGCCUUGCAGAUCCCCCUCUCCUACCCUAUACAAUUUUGAAAUUUAAAAUCAACCUUGUAUGGGGUGGGAGAAGGGAAUCCAAGACAUGUGUAGUAUAAAAAAGCUUUUGUUCAUGACUUUUAAGGCAUACUGCUGUGACAACAUGUUGGGGGUUUUGGUUCUUUUUGGCUUGAUAUUGACGAAAAAAUAGCCUGGAUUCCAGGUAAAUGGGUGCAUAAAAAAUUGGGGUAGAUACCUCCUCUUAGCCUGAGAAAGCUGACAUUUUUCAACAUCAUUACUGAUUUCCCUGCAAGAUGGUGUCUGAGAAACAACUGCAAAAAAUUCCUUACUGAUGAAAUGUUAACUCCCAAAUCUCAGGGUAGUGAUUUUAAUUAAUAAUAAUAAUAAUAAUUUAUUACUUAUUCGGCGCAAAUAUCUAUAUGAAUAUAUUCAAAUGCGCCUUACAAGUUACAUUAAAAUAAUAAUAAAAUAAUAAAUCUAAUAUAGUAAAACUAUCCAGUCCAUAUCUAAUAAAUAAACUAAAAAUUACACAGAGUCAAAAAUGUAAAAUUCUAAAAAAAAUAACAAGCAUACGCUUUCCUAAAAAGAUGAGUUUUCACUAAGGACUUAAAAACGUCCAUUGUCUUAGCAUUUCUAAUGUCAUUUGGGAGACCGUUCCACAAUUGAUCAAGCAAGUUUGCCUUAUGGCAUGACCAGUCAGAAGCAUCUAUUUAAAUUUCAUUUAUUCCAAAGUUGACAGCAAUUACAAUAAUUACCACAUACACACACGGACUACACACCUAAAAACACAUGCAUUAUACUAUACAAUCACUACCAAUCAGAAGCUAGCAUGCAACAAGUCAUUAGGAUAGAAUUUUCUGUGCUUGUUCGUCAGACUUUAUUUCAUUGCGAAACAAGUGGUGGCGUAACAAAAUGUUGAGUGUGCUAAGGCUAACCUCCUCUUGCAUUUGGCCAUUGUAUUGAGCUAUUUUUUUUAUUGUAGGUGAAAGUGUUGCCUUCUAUUUUGGAUGGAUGACAUGUUUUACCUGGACUUUAGUACCAAUAGCAUUUGUAGGGAUUCUGUUAUACUUCUUUAAGCCUCGUGGUGUGACUGUGGAUGACAACCCUCUGUUACCAUUAUAUGAAAUACUGAUGGCUUUCUGGGCAAUAAGUUUUCUUGCUGUGAGUAAACUGUUUACUUGAAAAAAAUAGAGACAAAGCUCUUAUUUCAACUAGAUUGGAUAUUUGAAAUUUUUUUACACAUUGUAUAAGUGAAAGGCCUACGUUUCAUCCUAGAUACAUGUACAUUGUACAUACAUGUGGGCCAAGAAAUUUCUUUAUAAAUUAUGAAUAUUGUAGCAGGGCUGGCUCACCAGCAUUAUUAAGGUCCAAGUCAGAGUUCCGAUAGCAAAAGAAAAAGGUGUUUUUGUGAGUUGACCUGACUGCCACUCAACCUCGCUUAGAGAAUUUCACAUCAUCGUAAUUGUGUAGUAAUGGCAAAGAAAUUUACCAAAGGUGUGAUACACGUGCAAAGUGUCAUUUUGUAUGUCAAAUGUGUUGCUUUUUUGACAUUCCGGUUGCUAUCAUCAUGAUGAUAAUCCUCCCAAAAAACACUCAAACAAAUCUUGAGCACACAUAUUGCAGUUUUAUUCAUGGUUGUCUUACACCAAUACCCCCUGUUCAAAAUACAUAUGUGUUCAAAUAACCUUUAGAAACCUAAGUUUGGUGAAUAAUGCUAUAGUUUGCACAUCUCUGUCAAUUAAUCCACGGUUCAAGCCACUAUUAAUAAUAAUUAUUCAGUUGAAGUUAUUAUUUUUCCUGUGUCCUUUCAGAUCUGGAAGAGAAAAGAAUCAGAAUACUCCUUCUUGUGGCGCACGCAUGGCCUUGAAAAAUCAGAACUACUACGUCCAGAAUUUACUGGUAAAAUGCAGCCAAGCCCCAUCACUGGCCAACCUGAAAAGUACUUUCCCAGGUGGAAAAGAUGGCUGCGUUAUGGCUUAAGUUUUGUUCUUACGUUGCCAGUUCUUGCCUUGGCCGUUGGUGCAAUGCUGUGUUCACUUAAUUUUAAUGGUUACAUCAAGGACAAAGAAAGCCCUGUUUACAUUGCUGCUUUUGCUCACUUUGCAGAACCUGUAAGUCAGCUUAAAUUUAGUUUUCUUUCCAUUUCUUUAAAUGUUGUUGAAUCCUGUUUUUUUUGACUGAAAGAAAAUUUUUUUGAUCCUUCAUGAAAUUCUCCCCUUGUUCCGCAAGCCAUCAAAAAAAAAACCUGAUUGGGAGAGAAAUGAAAACCUGAAUUUAAUUUUGACCUGUAACAUAUAUACCUAUUUAUUUUGAUGUCACGUGAUUGUUUUUUAUCAAACAAAAAUGUUGAGGAACAAAUAUGACAGAUAAAUUAUCCCACUUAAAAAAAAUAUUUCCUUUGGGUUCAGUAGCUGGCCAGCACUUCCAUCAGAUUACUAGACAAUAAUUUUUGCCUGUUGACAAACUUCCGGAUAACCAGCUGUGUGUAUGUUUAUUUUAAUUGCCAGAUUUUAUAUUAAAAAUCAACUUCUCAUUUUAAUGUUUUCAGUUUCACCGUUUGAGCUAUUUUUCAUGUUUAAAAUAUUUAUGGUAGAAAUACACAGAUCUCAGAUAAAAUGUAAUCACCUGAUUCUUUUCUUGUUUUCAGGGUCACAUUUUUGCAGCUGAUAAUGAGUAUUAUGGCUAUUUAAUUCCUACCAUUGGUCACUCAGUUGUGAUCAAUAUUUUAAACAAACUUUACCGCUCUGUUGCACACUUUUGUACUGACCUGGAAAAUCACAGGUAUAUGCGGAUGACCAUUGCAUACAUGUAGUAGUUGUGCGUGAAAGUUUUUGGCUUCUGUAUCCAUACCAAAUUAAAUGAUGAUGUAAAUUACACUGUACUAUACAGAGAUAAAGGGAACCUUUUCUCUUUUUUUGUAGUCUUGAUUUUCAGACUCUUAACUUUGACAGAAUUCUCAUUUGACCUUGAGAGGUUGUCAAAACAUUUAGAAAAACUUCACUUAAUGUUUGCACUUAGUAAAUUUCUUUUUCAACUUGUUUAGCAGCUCUUUAUCUCCCAUUUGCAAGUGAUUAAAAUAUCUUAUUCAGUACCUUUUAUUCAUAGUGGUGCUCAAUGCUCAUGGUGUCUUCUUGUUUUCUGAAACAUUAAGCUUUCUUUGAUGCUCGUUAUGUGUAGUACUUUUCCGUGUGCAAAUAUGUAGCUAUUCUGUAAAAUACUGUCACAUGUAUACUAAGGUUUUCUAUUCACUUACUAAAGGCUUAAUUUUUAAUGUCUUUGCUGGGGUGGUUCUGAUUUUACAGCAUUCAUUUCAUCCAUGGUUUACUAAUUUCCCACUGUUUUGUUGUAUGAUAAUGUAUGGUUUGAGUUUACAACAUGAUGUAAGGAGAAUUUAUGAGCAUUUUGUAGCGUCAACCAUUUUUUGAAAAAUAACCUGGUCUAAUUUAUACUGUUUGUCCUGUCAUUUUCUCCUUUUAAUCAGGACAGAGAGAGACUGGGACAACUCACUCAUCAUAAAGCGUGUACUUUUUGAAGUUUUUGACUGCUUCCUUCCCUUGUUCUACAUUGCAUUUUACCAACUGAAUGUUGUUGCUCUGCGGAGGGAAUUGGUUGGAUUAUUCUGGGGUAUGUGCAGUCAUUUGUUCUUUGAUGUAAAUGACAUUUGAUAGAAAUGGGCUGAACAGUUAGACAGUUUUUGACUUGAUAUACAGUGAACUGCAAAUCAGUGACCAACCGUCCACCACUUAUUGUUCUUUCUACUAGACUACACUUACAUGUAACAUUUAACAGACACAUAGACUGUACAGAAGUACCUAUAACAUUUGUUUAACAUCCAACUAUCUCUGAGUCCCAACCCCAAGAGGGGCAGGGUGGGUUGGGGUAUGAGUUACUUGUCUGAAUGUCUGAAGUUUUGUAAUUUCCCAUUCACACCAAAGCUUAAACAUGACUGUUUAAAAGCUGUUUAGUAAAACAUGGUCCAAAAUAAUAUUAUUAUUGUUUUCAUCAUAAAAGCUGCUUACUGACUUAUGGCUAUUUGCAGAUUAUGUGUAAAUUACAGAGCAUGUUAAAGUUUAUUGCAUAAUGAGUAAAGGUCUCAUUUUGAGUUUCUAGAGUAUUUUUUUUAAACCUGGUUUAAUUAAACAUUCGUAGUUGGUGUGAAUGCAGCAUAAGCCAGCCUAGCUAAUUGAAUAGAGGACUUAUUGUGUUCACAUGUAAUUCUUUUAAGGUGAUGAAAUCCGACGACUAAUAACAGAAUCACUUGUCCCGUAUGUAACUGAAAAGGGUCAUGUGUGGAAGAUACGGAGAGAGUAUGCCAAAAGCAAGAAAGACUCAGAUGAAAAACCAUUCAUUCCCUCUCAGGUCAAGAACAAGCUUUUUAUAAACUUACAGGAUAAAAAUCAAAAUUAUUAUUUCAUUCACAUUAUUAAAUCAGGAAAAAGCUAAAGCACCUCUCUGUAUUUGAACUGCUACACUGAAGGAGUCAUCUACAUUCUCCUUGGUUGGAUUAAUCCAUAUUUUAGGCUUCAUAUUUAUACAAACAACAUAUUAAUACAAACAACAACCACAGAAGAUUUCUUUCAUUUGGUUAUUUUUUCAUUUCUUUUUGCAGAUGAACUGUUUAGUUUCUUUGAUUGCAUGGUCAAAACCUCUGUGUUGAACCAAUUGUUGAACCAAUUAGUUACUGAACCAUUAGUUACAUGCAAUUCUGUUAAGUUUGCAAUAAUUAUUGUAAUCUUUAAUUCUGACUUUGUUAUUUUUUAUCAACAAUAAUAUUAACAGGCUCAACAAGACAUUGUUUUAGAAGAAUAUGAACAGUUUGAUGAUUAUCUGGAAAUGGUUGUACAGUUCGGGGUAAGUGUCUAAUUUGUUAGUGGUCCUUCGUAAAAAAUAUUAUUGUGCUUUUUUGAAGUGUAUUGAUUUCCAAUUUUUUUCUUUGUUUUUUGUUUAGUAUGUGACAUUGUUUGCCUCUGCCUUCCUACUUGCUGCUGCUGUCAGUAUUUUGUUCUUGUUCAUUGAGGGAAGAGCUGACUUGUUUAAAUUACUGUACAUGUAUCAGCGCCCAAAAGUGAGGAGGUAUAAUUAUCAUUACUUUAUUUUAGAAUAAAUUAUGAUCAAAGCAUAUUUGGUAUGAUGGAAAAAGACAGGAAACAGUGAAACCAUAAUCUGAAAACCCUGUUUUGUAGAGCUUUGCCUUUUAACCUAGCCUGCGUAGCAAGCGUUUCCUCGCGAGGUUCGUCAAGAAAACUGGGACAAGAGCAAAAAAAAAUGAAUGACGGGGGAGGGGGAGGGGAAUGAAGGAAAAUAACUCGAUUGGAAACGCUUGCUACGCAGGCUACUUUUAACCUUGAAGGAGAAUCUGUAAAUUAGGGCAUGUUCACUCAGUAAUCUCAUUCGGUGUAAAAUUAUCAUCAUAGAAGAAUAAAAUAAUGUUUGUGGGUCAUGAGCAUUUAUUUGAACGGUACCUUAUAGUUCAAAACUUUCUAGGCUUGAUGAAUUGUUAUUUUAACUUACACUACAGGGUGGCCAAUAUUGGUGUGUGGUUCAACGUUUUAUACUGUAUGAUGGUACUAUCCAUGCUCACAAACAGUUUAAUUGUUGGAUUUUCAUCUGAGCAACUUGCUGUUUGGUGUCCGUGGAUGUAUGAGACAAUUGACAAUGACCAAUUCAUUAUUAAUGGUUAUGGAAGGUAUGCUGUUGUUGGAACUAUAAAAAAUGUACUUUGUGAAUAUUAUGUUGUUGGUGAAAAGAAAGAAUGUAUCGAAAUCAGAUUCUUAACUUUGAAGUAUUCUGUGGAUUCUUUCUCAUGGGUAAAAUAAAAGAAAGAUAAAAAUUCAAAAAAGCAAUUCUGAAAUCUAGAGAUUCAAACACUGGCUUAUUUUUGGAAUUUCAUGUGUUGUUUGUCUGUUUAGAUAUAAGGGGUAACUUCAGACAGUCAGUCAAUCAUACAAGUCACUGACAUAGGCUGUAUGCAGAAUACAAUAAUUGGAUUAAUAUAUAUUAUUAAUCUAUAAAUGCAUCUUUCUUGAUGCACCUUUUUUCUCUGUAGGUAUGUUGUGGCCAUUGUGUUUUGUAUUGAGCAUUUCCUGAUCCUUUGCGCUGUAAUUUCAAGGUGCCUGGUUUCAGAAAAACCCAAGUGGGUGCGAAUAGCAAUUGCUAAAGAGGAGUAUGACAAGGCACAGGAAGCCAAGGAGAGAAAAGAGAAACAUGAGUGAAUUAGUCAGCUUUUACAUCACAAAACUUCUCUGUUAUAAUGUUGCUGGAAAUGGUUUGCAAUAUUUAAUAUGAAAUUCGCUUACAUUCUUAUAAAAUUGAAUUGAUUAGUACAGAAAGCCAUCACAUAAAUUUGUACUUUCAAAUAACUUAUUUCUUGGAAAUGACAUAGGUUAAUAAUAAAUAAUUAUUUAUAACUCAAAACUUUUUUCGACCACCAUUUAAGUCAAGGAUCAUUGCAAUUUUUGGUACAGUGUUACAAGGUUUUCUAGGCUAUGUCAUGUUUGCAC